CCUACUGCCAGAGUGUAUAAUUCAAAAUGAUUCUCAGUCAAAAAAACGGAAUAACCAUACGCCUCAUGGAGGAGAGCGACUAUGGAAUUGUUAAGCCUUUCAUGCGGGAUUACUUCCAUUACGACGAGCCCAUGGGAAUUGGACUGGAAGAACAAAUUCAUCUAUUAAAUGAGGAAGAAGUUGACAGGGAAUACAUUUCGGUAAUCAACCAAGGACUCUCCCUAGUAGCAUUCGACGACAAUACAGGACUUCUUAUCGGCAUGAGCCUUGCCGAGAAAAUGGAUCCCACUAUAUUGGCUAAACAGCACAAGGAAGCCGAGGAAAUCGAAGAUAAUGCCUUGGGUCGAAGUCGGAAGAUGAUAGCCAAAAUCGAACGGGAUGCCAACAUAUUCGAACGCUGCCAAGUUCCCAUAUAUCUCAACCUAAUAGCAGUCUCUGUUCACGAAUCAAUGAGGGGCAAAGGUGUUCUGUCCCAUCUCGCCGUCACCCUAAUGAAGUUGGGACGCUCUCGAGGAUUCCCGCUGCUGAUCGGCAGCAGCACCAGUUACUACUCCGCUAAGCAGGCAGUGGAAGGCUUGGGUAUGGAGGUCAUUCACUCACAGGCCUAUGCCGAGUACAAGGACAAUCAGGGCCGUCCUGUAUAUAAUCCACCUGCUCCCCAUACCCAUGUCCGCGUCUUGGCCAGCAAACUUUGA